GUAGAGCCCUCCAGCAUCCAUCGCCGCCAUGCCUGAGCUAGCUGAAGUCUCGCGCAUCGUCUACUUCAUCCGCCAGCAUCUGGUGGGCAAGACCCUCUCCAAGGUAUCUACGCAGAACGAUGAUAUCGUAUACGGUAAAGCCGGCACCACGGCGGCCGAGUUCCAGAAAGCCAUGGAGGGCAAGAAAGUAGUGGGUGCGGGCCAGCAGGGCAAGUACUUCUGGAUUGCCAUGUCCUCACCACCGCAUCCCGUCAUGCAUUUCGGCAUGGCAGGCUGGCUCAAGAUCCGCAAUGCCGACACGUAUUACUACAGAACGGACAAACCAGAAGAUAAGGACUGGCCGCCCAAGUACUGGAAAUUCCUGCUCGAAACGGACGGCGACCCCAAGACGGAGGCUGCGUUUGUGGAUUUCCGCAGGCUGAGCAGAGUAAGACUCGUGGAUUGUCCGGCGGAGGAGAUUCGCAGUUACAGUCCCCUCAAGGAGAAUGGCCCAGACCCGGUAGCCGACAAAGAGGCGGUGUCUGAGAACUGGCUGGGAGAGAAACUGAAGAGUAAGAAGGUGCCGAUCAAAGCUCUUCUUCUUGACCAAGCCAACAUAAGUGGUAUUGGCAACUGGAUGGGCGACGAGAUCCUAUACCAUGCAAGGAUACAUCCCGAGCAGUACAGCAACUCUCUGAACAAUGAUCAAAUAAAGAAGCUGCAUUCCUCCAUUCAUUAUGUCUGCUCAACGUCAGUGGACUUGCUGGCCGAUUCAGACAAAUUCCCCGAGGACUGGCUUUUCAAGCAUCGAUGGGGCAAGGGAAAGAAGAACACGCCAUCUGUUUUACCCAACGGUGAAAGGAUCACAUUCCUUACGGUGGGCGGCAGAACAAGCGCCGUUGUCCCCAGUGUGCAAAAGAAAACGGGGCCCGUGACCAAGGGUGCUAGUGGUGAAGAUACCAGCGGCACGCAAAGCAAUUCCAAGAGGAAGCGAUCAGCAGCCCCCAAAGAAGAAAGCGAUUCAGAGGCCAAAAGAGAAGAGCCCACGCCCAAGAAAACAGGGUCCAAGCCGCAAGCCAAGAAGCCUGUGAAAACCGAAGACAACGAGGAAGAGAAGGCUGCUGAUUUAGGACGCCGACGCUCUACGCGCCUCCGGAAAUAA